AUGUCUGCCCGCCAUUCGGUGCUUCUAGCACUCGCCCUGAUCGUCGUCUACCUCGGCGGCGACGACGCCACGAUGUGCUACCAGUGCAGAUCGGCCGGAAAUUGGUCCGACGAGCUCCUCAAGCCGCUCUUCCAUCACGCCGAUUGUAUGGAUGGUGGCGAGAACGUAACAACCUGCAACGGCACGUACUGCGUCGCGUACCUCGGCCAGGAGACGAGCGGCGAGUUGGGGAUGAUGCGGCAUUGCGCCCAGGAGCAGCCAGAAUGCGUUGCUGACGAUGGCUGGGAGUGCGGCUGCGACACGGACCUGUGCAACGACUGGAACUCGACGAACUUGAUGGCGAUGGCUCUACCGCCAUCCACGUCAUCUAGCGUCAGCUACCUCAUGGUCAUCUCGCUCGUCGGCGCCAAGAUGAUCAACCACUUC